CUGCUGGCACACGUUAGGGGACGGGGACCGGGUUUCUGCUUCCAUCAGCGGGCUCCAUGUCCCCAAUCAGGGGAUGCAGUCCGGGGGCCCAGGGAGAGAGAGAGCCCCCCUCCAGGUCUGGACAUGACAGUGAUGAAGGCUGUCCAGGUGGAGAGGACCUCCCCCCUAAUGGAUGAGGGGAGGAAGCUGCUGUUCCAGAGGAGUGAUGGCAUGAGCGGCGCCGUGGAGUUCGUGCAGCUGUGUGAAGGACGACAGGAGGACGACAGAAAUCCACAUGCAGGGACACUAUGGAGCCAGCCGAGCCUGACCUUGGCCUGCCCGCUGCUUUCAGGACGGCGGGUCCACAGACGGCUGGACAUCGUGUGCCGACGGCUCGCCGUCUACGCCCCGUCUGACGCCACCAUGCACGGGAAGCUGCUCGUCUACAGCCACCCCCAGAGGGCCGCCACCGACCAGGGAACCAGCCUGAGAGGAGAGGGGGGGUCCACGGCCCCGCCGCCCGGUUCUGUCCCAGUUCUGGCUCGGUCUGUGCUUCAGGCUGUUCUACGUGAGUCCGGACCGGAGCUCCGGGCCGGUGGGGGGGGGCAGCGGGUCGGGACCAUGCUGCCCAUGCUGUACCCGGGAAUCACCUCCCACCUGCAGAUGAGCCACAAGAGAAACUCCACAGGCUACUUCUGA